ACGGAGUAGGGGCGAGGCGAGUUUGAACACGCGCUAGUUCCGGUUCGCUUGAGCUCAACCUUAAGUUCUGGCGUCGCGGGAGGGCGGUAGCUCUCAAGAUGCAACAAACACCGACACGGUCCAAGAAAUAUACAACUGUCUUUUCAUCCACCACGACACCUGAUCGGCUUGCCGUACAAUCGAGUCUCUUGUUUAACUCAUCAGAAAUGGAUAAUUAUGGUUCACGACCUCUCGUUCGGCCUGUCUCUAAGCUUCCUACAUAUCUACGAUUUCCCCUUCUCGUCCUCUUGAACUUGACACUCUCGACCUUGCUUUAUUCCUUAGCUGCCGAUCAUAUUGCCGGAGAGCUUGCCGGUGUCAGUCGCAGCGUGAACAAAUGGGGAGAAGUUAUAGGCUUGAUCGCAUGGAGGUCGAUAGAAUUGGGGUGCGGAUGGUUUUUUAAUUUUGAUGGUGUUGACCUUGGUUGUCUGACCUUGCUCUCCCAUCUACCGCCGCUUUAUCUUUUGGUAGUCUUUUACUCGAUCCACCCAAAAACUGUUUUCAUAUCAAUGUGUAUCGACGUGUUUACAACCUAUAUUUCCUUUCGCCUCCUUCGCCCUUUGUCCCUAGAGCACAACACGGCCGGCUUGGAUACUACGUUCCCAAACCUUCCUAUAAUUGAAGAUGUACCUCUCCGAUUAUACACGACGCUAUUGGCGGCUGGGAUUUACGGCGUCGCCUUUUUCUCUGCCUUUUCGACUUGGUUGCCGGUGUAUUUGAUCACUUACUUCGAUGGUGUUCGAGAUCUCACCUUCGCUCAUUCUGCAACGCUUCCAUUGUUAAUUGCCUCAUUUAUUCCCGUGGGUUAUUCUGCCAGAGAGUUUCUUUUCACCCCUUCUGCUGGGGCGCGAAAAGACCUGGGUGAAAUCCGCAAGGAAGCUUUCAAUCCUGAAACCGCCACGUUUGGGCAGACUUUGCGCCAUAAUUUAUGGUUUUUUCCAAAGAGGACUAAGAUCCUCAUUGCGAGGACUGUGACCCUCAUCAUAAUAAGUACAUUUAACACGUGGUUGCAAACCUAUGUGACCAUUGAAGGGGUGAAUGCUUCUGGCGCAGUUGGUUGGGCUGGUGUAUGGGGGCUGGCAGCGAUUGUUACUUCUUUGACUUUCUGGUGGGUUGGGAAUGUCUAAGGUGAGGACCAGUAUAUUUGAGACCUUCAAGCAUGAUAAGCUAA